AUGUCGAGGGAGGCGGCACGUCUGGGCAGGAGAUCACGGAAGAUGUGGCAAAGGCUAGAUCUCUCUAUCGCCAAGUUCGGUCAGAGGAACAGGCCACUGCCCUGUGAGUCGCCAGCGGUCGCUUGUCAGGGGCUUUCUGAAACCGAACAAAAACUGCUGCAAUCAUUACCCCCGUUGCCACCGAAGGUUGUAACAUCGGUUGAGGAUAUCUCUGCCGACCGCACCUUCAGUACUACGGCCCCCCUACUAACACCGACCUGCACCCUGCCUUGUGGACCCACAUUCCUCUCCGACCAAGACUCCCCCGAGGGCAGCGAAGUCUUUACCUUCGGCAGCAUUCCCUCAGUGUCAACUUCGGCCUCCGGCGAAUGGAACAGCUGUGGUGCCGCCAGUUGCGUGGAUGAAGAAAUUCGCGCCGGUACACCUAUUCCCCUCAAAGCUCAUAUCCUGGUUAGUUGA